GAAUUUUGUGCGGACGUCCAAGGAUCUGCGUCAGUGAUGGUUGCGAAACAACAUAUCCGGUGAAACAUUUCGGCCAUCCAUUUUGGAGGAAAAAAUAAUUUCCUGGAUCGACUUCCGGUGAAACAGGAAAUAAUCCGAGACUCGGCACGACGAUGAACCCCAUGAGCCGCAUUAGUGCGCCUAGGCCGUCCAGGGCCUCGAUGGAAGGUGUUUCGCCGUUGAUGUACAGCUGCCAACAGGGCGACACCCAGCAAGUGCGCCAUCUUAUCCAGCGCAAGCCGAUUUGCGUCAAGGAAUGCGACAGGACGGGCAAGACAGCGUUGCAUUACUGCGCCGAAAACACGACGGCCGACGGUGCCCAGUUGCUGGUCAAAGCCAAUCCGGCGCUAGUCAACCAACCGGACGAGGAAGGAUACACUCCGCUUCAUUUGGCUGUCAUCGCUGGAAAUCGAACCAUGUUGAGGUAUUUGUUGGACCACGGAGCCGAAGUCAAUCUGCUGGACAAUGAGCGACACUCUGUCGUUCACUGGGCCACCGUUUGCGGCGAGUUGGAGGCCCUGGACGUGGUCCUGGACGCUGGAGCCGAGGCUUCCGUCGAAGACAUUCACGGGGCCUAUCCCAUCCACUACGCUGCGCAAAUGUGCGGCAACAACAAGAAAGCCAUGGGACUGGGCAGCGGAGGCGGAAGUGGUGGUGGCCAGGGCCAUUUGGGAGGAGGAGGAGGAACUGGAGGAGGUGGACCAGGCAGCAGCCAAAGGUACACGGGUCUGGCGGCUCUCAAGAAACUCAUCAACCAUGGCGUGCCGGUGGACGUCAUCGAUCGAGACGGACGCCAACCUCUCCUCUGGGCAGCCAGUUCCGGUAGUGCGGAUGCCAUUUUAGCCUUGUCCAAUGCCGGCGCUUCCGUCAUGGCCGCCGAUAAGGACGGACUUACCGCUCUGCACUGCGCGGCCAGUCGUGGUCACAGCGACUGCCUGGAAACUCUGGUGGCCCUGUGCGGAGCCGAAGUGGAUCUGCUGGACGCCAACGGAUGCACCGCCCUCUUUUACGCCGUCACGCUCGGUCACGCCGAUUGCGCCCAACUUUUGCUCGACUGUGGAGCCAAUCCCAAUCACCAGGACAAAAAGGGACGCACUCCGGCGUAUUGCGGUGCCACCAAAGGGCAGACGGAAACGUUGCGGCUGCUGGCCCAGCAUCAAGCGGAUCUCUGGCUGAGGAGCACCAAAGGAGACGUGCCACUGCACGAAGCCGUCGCCUGCGGCCGCAAGGAUCUCGUCCUGUGGAUCUUGCGGCAAUGCCAGUCCCAGCAGCAGCAGCAAUACGGCGAAUCGGGCGGAUCGGUGGUCAAUGGCGGUGGCUCGGUCAUCGGCGGGGCUCACGUGGUCAACAACGACGGCCGCAGUCCACUGCACAUCGCCGCCAUCAAUAACAACGUGGAAAUGUGCAAGAUAUUGAUCGAUCACGGAGCCGAGAUCAAUUGCAUCAUGAGGACAGCCCGAGGGCAAUUGAUUACGCCGCUGGACGCGGCCCUGCGUCGGGGCAAUCGGGGCUGCGCUAAAUUCCUGCAACUUCACGGCGGAUUGGCGGCCGCCAAACUCACCGACAGCCGGGCCUUGCAACGAGCCCUCAGCCAGGCCUACACGGAGAACCAGCGACGGGUGUCGGUGGUGGUCCACAACAACGCCGAGAUGAUGGACUACCCGACCGACAGUCAAAUGUCCGGCCGGUCGUCGAUGGUUCAACUUCCGCAUUUGGCCGGACACAAGAGCCGCACCGUCAGCCGACUGGAGGACAGCGCCACUCAGACGCAAGUGGAAGAAUCUUUCUUCAGCGAAAACAAGGACGGAGCAGAGAUCCAGCUGUCGAGCGCUGGAGUGAGACUGGGCGAAACGGAGAGUGGAUUGAGACGUAGGAGGAUCAGACGUCGUGCCCAGCAGAGGCGAUCCUUGACCGAUCCUCGCCCACCGCCCAAUGAUGAAGAACUCCGCUGGAAGUCACGUCAGCGCUACUCUGACGAUUCCGGAUCGGAAAGCGACGAUGAGCAGCACCUGCCUGGAUCGCGUUAUCACCAACAGCAGAGACCCAAUUUGUCGCAGUACGUGUCGGACGGUGGCGCUCCUGGGACGGGCGGAAGCGGUGGCGACGGAAGCGGAAGACUCAACGGAAGCAGUCACGGCCUCAGCAACAUCAACACGGUCCAUUUGGAGCCGAUCGUCAAAUCCAGCCAAGUGGCCACCGAUUUGGCCGUCAGAUCCCAGUCGAUCCUGUCCAAUGUCGGGACGGAGAGUUCCGGCCAAAAGGAUUCCGGAUUCAGUGACCUGGUCGGUCGCUCCGAGGAGGACAUUAAUUCGUCUGCGCUGAUCCGCCGGACCGAUUCGGCCACUCUGCUGCUGCUGGAUCACAUCCGCUCGCCGUCGGAGCAGCAGAUGAUGAACGGGCCGGACGGCGAGAAUUUGAACCGAUCGUCGAGUAGUUUGAACAACAGCAACGACAACAACAAAACGACGACCCACUCGCCGUUAAUGGACGACGUCGAGUCGAGCCGGAAGCGGACCUUCCUCUUGCGGCGGACCAAAUCGGAGCGCCGCUCGGAACACGAAGGAUCGUCUGCCCAUCCGCCGACGGCGACUCAUCCGCACAGCGAGCGGAUCAAGUACAAAGCGGAAAUUCCCAUUUCCGUCAUCCGCGCCGCUCAAGCCAAAACCCGAAGUGGCAGGUACAAUUUGGAGAGAAAGAUCUUCCAGCAGCUGCUGGACUUGAAGCAAAUGCAAAUCCGGAUCGGGCAGGCCAACGAGCAGGUGUUUGCCAAGCGGCUCAUCGACGGAUUCCGCAAAGACGCCGUCACCGUCGGACUCCGCCCCUACGACGGAUCCUAUUCCUUCCAGCAACUCGAAGUCUACCUCUACAAUCAGCUGAGGCUGGUGCAAGGUGGGCGGACAUUGCUGCCACUGGUCGAUUCGGCGACGGACCGCGAAGAUGGCGCCACCACCAACGGACUGACGUACGGUGACGUCAUCGAGACCGAGUCCACCAAUGGGACGAGCAGGACGACUACGACGACGACGAUGCCGGUGGACAAGUGCACCCACACGACCCAGCGUUGCCCGCACGCCAUGUACGCUUACACGACGUUGCCGCCGGCCUGCUACACGGGCGUCCCCUGCGCUGCCUUCAUUCCCUACCACAAACACCACCGGCCCGUCACUCAACAACAACAUCAACAGCAACAACCAACGAAUCACCCGGGGACGGCCAAGUCGACAACGGAAAACGGGCGAAUCAUUCUGCCGAAAUUGAAUUUGAACAACAACAUCAACGGCCAUCAGAAGAGCAACACAUCACCCGCUAACAAAGGCAGUCAUUGAAAGUUAUUGGCUAAUCAAGAAAAAUAUCCAACUCUCGCUCAUUCAUUUAUUCAAUUCGAAAUCAAAUUAAAUUAACAAAAAAAAAUUAAAAGAAAUCAAGAAAAUAUUGAUGAUGUUACGAAACGAUGUUGUUAUUUCGAUGGCCCGUGUAAUUAAGUCAGCACGACGACACGGGAGGCGCACGUCGUUUAUGUUUGUUUGUUUUUCUAUUCACAUGGAUUGAUCAAGUGUUGAUGUUGAUAAAUAAAUACUAUAUCUAACUAGAAAUCAUUGAGCUCUAAAAAUAUACCUGAUUCCC